AUGCGAAGGUUUCUGGCCUGCUUCCACGUCCUUGGUUUGGGAGUCGGAACCGUCGUGGGGCUGCUUCACAAUGUAACGGUGGACGAUCAGCCCACGAUCGAAUAUUCGGCCAGUGUCAAGUGGCUGUCAGCCGUCUCACCGCUGAACAUGGGAGGAAGCCAUAUGCUAAGUACUGACCCAGCCGCCCAAGCAACCUUCAGAUUCACUGGAGUCGCCGUUUAUUUCAUGUCCUCCAUGUGGCCCUACCCCGUCGCAUCUUCCAUCUCUCUGGACGGCGGUCCGAGGAUCACGAUUGACCUCAUGGACUUGUCGAGAGAGCGCACAAGCGGCGGGCCAGAAACCAUUCGAUCAGCGGCAGUGUGGGCUGCUACUGGCUUAGCGAAUAUUCAGCAUACCCUGGUGGUAUCAGUUGGUCGGUCUCCGCACGCUGGCCCGCUUGACCCUCAGUAUGCCAUUGUCGACGGUUUCGUGUGA